AUAUGCAGUCGCCUUCUGGUCUGUGUUUCAGCAUCGUGCCAAAGCCCCACAAGUGAACACUCGCAACCCAGAGGAGUCUGAGAAGCCAGCAAGAUGAACAAAAUCCUGCUACUGAUGGCCUGUGCGGUCACUCUGGUCGCCGCUGGACGGAUUACCGUGAAUCCAGUCACGGUCCAGGGUAUAGGACGCAUGUCUGUCGGGGACCUGCAGCGGCAGAGGUUCAUCCUGGAUAUUGUGCAGAACAUCCAGGAGCCGCUGCAGAACGAUGAGCUCAUCCGACUGGACCAGGGUUUGAUUGUGGAGCCUCAGCGCUACCGCGGCGGCAUCGAUGCGGAAAUGCAGCGCGUCAUUGACUUGGAUCGCCAACGGCGUCUGCUGGACGAGCACCAGAUCUACUCGGCUGUCAGCGUGGAGGACGUGCAGCAGCUUCGCGGCAUCUACCGCCUGCUGGUGCGUGCCGUAGACUUCGAGACUCUGCAGCGCAACGUUGUCUACCUGCGGCGGAACAUCAAUCCCGUGCUGCUGAUCAGUGCCUUGGUUCGAGCCAUUCGCGACCGCGAGGACACCCAGUCCCUGAUCGUGCCCGCUGUCCAAGAGCUGCUGCCCGAGCUGUACCUGGACCCGCAGGUGGUUGAGCGUGUUCAGCGCAUUCAACUGGAGCAGACCCAGCGCCCCUCCCUCAUCGAUGUCGUCGGCCUCGGCCAGCACCCGAUGAACCCCCUGAUGAACAUUUUGAAUCCCUGGCGGCAGAUGCGCUUGCAGAUGGCGCUGAAUAGGCAGCAAGGACAAAAGUCGCGGCUGUCUGUGCUGGGAAAGAGCCGCGUGGUGAUCCCCAUCGAGGGACAGGAGCAGGGCCAAGGCAUUUCCCUCCUCACCGACGACAUCGGCAUGCGCAACUUUGUCCAGAACCUCAUUCAGGAAUUGGCCCUUCUCGAGGGUGAUGGUGAGGGUGAGUCGCAAGUGGUUCCGCAGCAGCGCAUUCCCCUCUCUCAAGAGACAGAACAGGAUCAGGAUGCGGGCAUCAACAGUGGACGCCUGCUCUAUGUGAACCGUCGGCGCCUGCAGCAACAGCAGCAGGGAGACGAGGAUCAGCAGGAGGAGAGCAUCAAUGGCAACGAGAGGGAGCGCUUCAUGCGUGUCCUGCGCCGUGACAACAACAACAACAACGACAACGAUGAUGAUGAUGAUGAUGAUGAUGAUGAGAAUGAGAUUAGGAUGGGCCGUGUGCCUCUGCAGCGUGGCGUCGGACAGGGAAGCAUUUACUUGGGAUCGCGCCAGGGAGGCGGCAUCGAUUUGCCCACUGUGAGUGCCGACAGCGAUCGGCUGUUGCACGUCAGCCGCCGCCGACUGAACAGCAUCCAGCAGGAGCAAGGACAGCAGACAGGAGGUCAGCGCUUUGCAGGCCUGGUGCGCGGUAGCCGGUACAGCGAAGGACGUCGUGUAGUUGGACAGCAACAGCAGCAGCAGCAGCAGCAGGAUCAGGUGCAACAGCGGUAUGGCAAUCAGGUGGAAGGCACUCAAAGCUAUGCCGAUCAGCUGGAGAGCGUCAGCCGCGACGAUGAGCGUCUGGUGCACAUCAACCGCCGUCGGCUCAACCAGAUCGGCAGCGGCGUCGGCCAGCAGCAGAAGAUGGUGCCCCGUCGUGUGGCCUCCAUCGGGGAGGUGCGUCAGGUGCUCGAUCGCCCCAUCGAAGAUGAGGACAUCCUCAAGUUCAUUCGCAGCGAGAACCGUCUGUCCAUCAUGAGCGAUGACGAGAUCCUGGCCAUGCUGAAGCGAAACCGUGAGAAGCGCCUGCAGAAGUUGACGGGCAACGACGACGAUGAAGAGCAGGUGGAAGAUCGCACUGGGGAGGAGAGGCAGGGACAACGCGCCCGCCGAAGCCUCGCCAGCUAUCGCCAGCAGCAGGGUCAGGACUCGGACUCCCGCCGCAGUGAGAUUCUGCUGCACAAUCUGCGCCAGCUGGUGGCUCGCCUGAACCAGGAGACCAUUGGACAGACCGUCGACAAGAAGAAUCUGUGGCUCAACAACCCCCGCCAGACCGUAUCGGAACGGUAUGCCCUCCGCUUGGACCAGAUCCGCAUCGAUUCCCUGCGCAAUCGUCAGCUGCUGGAGCAGAUCAACCAAAUCGAGCAGCGCAUGCAGCAGGCCAUCGGCCAGCUCAACAUUCAGUCGAUCCGCGGUCGGCUCCAGGAUCAGCGGCAGGUGGAAGCUCUCAUUGCUGACGUCCUGCUGGGCCGCCUUGGUCAGGUCGGCAUCCUGCGCAUUGUGCGUGAGUUGAUCCAAGAGAACAGCCUGCAAGGGGACCGCUCUGGCCUGGGCAUUCGCCUCAGCGACCCUCUGGUCCAGUAUACGCUCCGCCGGAUUGUCAGCAUCGUCGAUGAACAGCGCGAGCAGCUCUUGGGCGGGUACAGGAGGGACCAGCUGGGCAUGCAGGGUGUGUCCAUCAAUGAUGUGCGCGUGGACAAGCUGCGCACCCGCAUUGAGGAGACCGACACGGACCUGACCAACCUCAUUGGACAGCAGCAGCAGCAGCAGAUCCAGCAGCAGCAGCAGAUCCAGCAAACUAUUGUGGGCCGUCAGCGACGCCUGAACAACAAGCCCUUCCUCAUCGACAUGGAGAUCAGCUCGGAGCGGGCACAGGAUGUCGUCAUUCGUGUGUUCCUGGGCCCCAGCCUAGACUCCCAGGGCCGUGAGGCCUCCCUGGACGAGCGCCGUCGUGACUUCCUCCUGCUGGACGCCAUCAACGUGGAGCUGCAGCCGGGCACCAACCGCAUCCAGCAGCGCUCCAUCGACAUUCCGUACACCAGCCGAGAUGCGACGCCACUCGGCGAGAUCUAUCGCCGUGUGAUGACGCAGCUGCGGGGUCAGCAGGAGAUGGACACACAGGAAUUGGUCGGCGAGAACGGACGCUUCCCACAGCGUCUCCUCCUGCCCCGUGGCCGUCCCGAGGGUCUGCCCAUGCAGCUCUUUGUGAUUGCCUCCCCGGUUCUGGAGCAGCAGGAGAGGAGAAUCAUUCCCAGCAUCAGCCUGGGCAUAGGCUCCGCCUCGCUGCAGGACAUCCGUCCGCUCGGCUACCCCCUGGAUCGUCCCAUCACUGCAGAGCAGCAGCUGCUCCAGCUGCCCAAUGUCCAUCUGCAGGACGUGGUCAUCGUCCAGGAGAACUGAGCUCGAACGGACUACUACCAACCACCCGAUCGACCGACCAGCCGCCCAGCCGCCCUGUACCCCACUCGGAAGCCCACGAAACGAAUCUUAGCUUUUAGUUCACCGUACUUCACCGUGGAAAAAUGUUCUAUAAUCUUGUAAUCGUUGUACGUCCAUAACUAUAUUAACUCUGAGUAAAAUCCUUGCAAUCGAUGCAAAAAGCAUUACAA